CACAAAGUCACACACCAUCCAGCAACAGAUAGCUCAUUGAAGUGCUCGAGUGUAGACCAGUGCAAAGUUAACUACUGACACAAAGGGAGGACUUGACUGUGACUGGUAUAGCUAACCAGAAAAAAUGUCUGACAAAAUGAUUGAUUUGGAAGAGACCGCAACCCAGACAGGUCCAAAAGGAGUCAUCAAUGACUGGAGGAGGUUCAAGUUGGAAAGUAUGGACCAGGACAACUUGCCAGCUGCAAAAAAGGAACUGCUGAGACAAAUGUCAUCCCCGAGCAGACCAAAGGAUGAUUCCAAAUCAAAUAUUAACCGCAAGAUGAGUGUCCAAGAAUAUGAGCUGCUUAAGGAGGAGGAUGAGGGAUGUUUAAAGAAAUACAGAAAACAAUGCAUGCAGAACAUGCAUGAUAAACUCAGCUUUGGGCCCAGGUUUGAAGGUGUGCAUGACCUGGACAGUGGUGAGGCCUUCCUUGAAGUCAUUGAGAAGGAGCAUUACAGCACAGUGGUGGUUGUCCACAUCUACAAGAUUGGGGUCAAAGGUUGUGAGGAGCUCAACAACUGCCUGGAUUGCCUGGCAACUGAGUACCCCACUGUAAAGUUCUGCAGGAUUGAUGCUGUCGCAUCUGGUGCUGCCGAGCGGUUCUCGGAUGAGGUUUUGCCCACGCUGCUGGUGUACAAGGCUGGAGAACUACUAGGGAACUUCCUGGCCUGCACACAGCACCUACAUGAGGAGUUCUUUGCCACUGAUGUGGAGACCUUCCUUAACAGCUAUGGCCUGCUGCCAGAAAAAGAGUUGGCUGGUGUGGAAGAUGAAGAGGAAAAUGAUGUAGAAUAAAAAAAGAGUUUGGCUGCUGAGGAAGAAAGGACGCUGUUUUAGAGGGCUUGAUAGAGAGCGAUGAAAGACAAUAGGACAUAAGAUAAAUAGAAAAACCAUAACAUCUCCACUAGCUUACUAUUGCGUGAGAAUUGUUCUCGAAAGGAGAAAAGUUACAUCCAGUUGGUGAAGGAACCUUGUUGUCCUGGGUGUGAGUGCUCUCAAAUAUGAGUGUGGGUUACAGUAAGGUGAGGACAUUUAAUUGUGAAGAUAUCUUACAAAUCCCCUCACCACCACCCAAACAAAAGCCAAAACCCGUUAACUGUAAUUUAAAAUAAUUGCAAUGUCUUAUUUUGUAAUAAUAGAAAAUAUUAUAUGAUGUAUGUACUUGUAAAAAUGUAUUAAAUCAAAGACUUUUUUGUAGCAUUUGUUUGGGUUGAUCUGUACACAUGUUAUUUAUAAAUCCAGAGUUUUACAAAGUGACACCCUCAAAUAUAAUACAAUAUUUAAACACAUGUGUACUUCAGUUUUCUGUGGUGUUUUUGCUAAGAUUUAUAGAAAAAAAAACUUUAAAGAACAAAUAGGACAGAUGCUCUUAAUGGCCAAAGCACUCUGGAUGUGUAAACGUGUGUGCAUAUAUUCCAUCUGUCCAGUACACUAUGACCUACCUGCUUCUUAAGCCAAUGUGGUGGGAUGAGCAUAUUGUGUCUGGAAAACACAUUCAUGAGUCUCUGGUAUUUUACCAUCAUCAGUGAAACAUCAUCAGUGAGGAGUUUGUCCAUGUCUGAGUAUUUUAUGUUGUAAAAAUGGGGAAAAGUCAUCAGAGUAUACAAAAAAAAGGAAACCAUGAGUCUUGGGUUUUCUUAGUGUGCUAUGACUCAGAAUACAGGUCAAUAUCACUAUUGUCAUAUUUGAUUUUGCCAUGGGUUUGGAUACUAUUUUAAACUGUGUACUGUAAUAUGUUGAAACAAAGCCUACUAUACAUGUUGUAAAG